AUGGCUUCCAGUCAAGCAACGCCGAAGUUGGGUCGAAGCCCUACCAGCCUGGUGAUUUAUAACUUCUGGCUGCUGCUGAUCACCACCAUCCUGUUACUUUAUUCCUGUCUCGAAACUCCUGUCCUUGCGCACUUGAUACCGACCAAGAGUCGAGGGGAAGGAGAACAGUAUGUGGCUUCGAAAGGGGAUUACCUGGUGGGCGUUGGGAAGGCGGACAUCACGGGGCCGGUUGUCGAGGUGAAUAUGAUGGGCUAUGCAGAUACAGAUCAGUCUGGAACUGGUCUCCGACAGCGCCUUUAUUCCAGGGCUUUCAUCGUCGGAAACUUGACGAACAACUCUUCUCGAAUUGCCUACCUUGUCCUUGAUACACAAUCCGGAGAUACAGCUGUUCGACAUGGCAUACUGAAAGAACUCGAGAAGUUGGGACCCGAGUAUGAAGUAUACAAUAAGGACAGUUUGGCCGUCACAGGUACGCACAGCCAUAGCGGACCCGGGGCCUGGCUGAACUACCUUCUGCCUCAAAUAACAAGCAAGGGAUUCGAUAAAACCAGUUACAACGCCAUCGUCACGGGCUCGGUAUUGGCUAUUCAGCGCGCUCACAAGAGUCUUGUGCCAGGUCACUUGAGUUUGGGCCAGACAAGGCUAGAGCAUGCCAACGUCAAUCGGAGCCCCUAUGCCUACUUGCAGAAUCCAAAGGACGAAAGAACAAGAUAUGCCGACGAUGUUGACAAGAACAUGACUCUCUUGAAGUUUGAGAGAGCAUCGGACGGUCAAGCAAUGGGGCUCUUGUCCUGGUUUCCAGUCCAUGGCACAUCGCUCUACCAGAACAACACGCUCAUCACUGGCGAUAACAAGGGAGUGGCAGCAUAUCUCUUUGAAACGUAUAUGCAGGAGGCAAAUCCGGCAUUCGUUGCAGGUUUCUCGCAAGCCAACGUUGGCGACACCUCCCCGAACACUCUCGGGGCAUUUUGUGAGGAUUCGGGCCUUUCAUGUUCUUUUAAUGACAGCACAUGUGGUGGCAAAACUCAGCCUUGUCAUGGACGUGGUCCAAUGUUUCGAAGCAUAGAUCAGGGAACCAAGUCUUGCUUCGAGAUUGGAAGUCUCCAAAUGACGGCUGCAAAGUAUAUCCUAGACAGUGCAGAUCUAGAACGAAUUCCGCCCUCCACAGUCUCAUUCUUCCACACUUACGCCAACUUUUCCUCAUUCACCUUUACUUCUCCAUACAAUCAGUCCCGUCAAUUAAAAACCUGCUCGGCUGCACUAGGAUACGGCUUUGCUGGCGGUACGACAGAUGGCCCUGGUGCUUUUGACUUCUCUCAGGGCACAAAUGAUACGGACGACUCGCCAUCGCUGAAGAAUCCUCUCUGGAAGUUGGCACGAGGCUUCAUCCACGAGCCUACGGACGAGCAGAUCGCCUGCCAGAAGCCCAAACCCAUCUUGCUUGAUGUUGGUGCAGCUGAUGAACCCUACGCCUGGUCGCCGAAUAUAGUCGACAUCCAAUUACUUCGUGUGGGACCUCUGAUCAUCAUUGUGUCUCCAGGUGAGGCAACAACGAUGGCGGGACGGCGCUGGCGGACUGCUCUUGCAGAAGGCGCUCCAUCCGUCCUCGGCAUUGAUGAUCCUCAAGUUGUCAUUGGUGGCCCAGCCAAUACUUAUGCACACUACAUUGCAACGGAAGAAGAAUAUGGUGUGCAACGGUAUGAGGGUGCAAGCACGCUCUAUGGCCCGCACACGCUUGAGGCCUAUAUCAACCUAACCCUUAGUUACCUCCCGUAUCUCGGUUCGGAGGAUGAGACAUCCCACCUUCGUCGCCUGCCAGCGGGUCCAAGCCCACCUGUUAAUGUCAAUGCCUCUCUGUCAUUCAUUACGCCAGUGGUUGUUGACAAUCCGGGCCUUCUUCGCCGUUUUGGAGCAACGUUAUCCUCCCCUGAUCCAGCAAAACAACAUACAGCUGGGUCGGUGGUCAGCGCCACUUUCGUUGGUGCCAACCCGCGAAACGACUUCCGACUCGAAGGGACCUUCGCUGCGGUGGAGAGGUUCGACUCCGACCAAGGGAAGUGGGUUCAGGUUCGCUCUGACCGAGACUGGUUUCUCGUGUUCAAGUGGAAACGGCUCAGUACCGUCUUGGGAACAAGUGAAGUCACUCUAACAUGGGAGAUCGAGCCAGGGACACGGUCUGGUAUGUAUCGCUUUAGGUACUAUGGUGACGCGAAGUCUCUGGGUGGCAAAACUACGGCGAUCGAGGGUACAAGUGGCGUGUUCAAUGUGGCCAGCGCCGAGAACAAGAGUGAUGCAGCGUUCUGGGGCGAACUGGUACGCAGCUGA